GGCUGACAAUGCAAAACGACUCAGAUCUGCCUGUUACCUCUGCGCACGAGAUGUUGAGGAUGCCAUAGAAGAGAUCUCGGUAAGGAGAGAAGGCAUCCGACGACAGGGGCUUACGCCAACACGUUGCUGUGUUCGUGUAUGUGCUCAAUCAGGUAGUGGAUCCAUAGAUGCAGGCCAUGCUGAUCUCUGGAGGACGCGUCCGCCGCCCCGCUCCCCUGACAGUCAACCUGUGUGUUCCGGCGGCCCUCGCCGGGCUGCAAGCAUUCAUCUACGCCACCAUCGGCCAAUGGCAGGGCGCCGAGUGCUUCCUGCACUGCCUCAUACCGCCGUGGUCUCUCUAUGGACUCAUCGCACACACGGCGGCCUGUGCCUGCGGCAUUGCCGGCGUCUUAAUGGCGGUGAUGCAGAUGGCCGGGCGGCCGAUGUGGCCGCUGGUUUUGCGAAAUGGGCGGUUCUUGCCGUUUGUUAACGCGUCAUCGCUGAAGAGCCCGGUGCCGCCGGGGUGCCUUCUGGCGGUAUCGGCGACAUCGCCCUCGCGCACUCUGGUGCCCUUGAUGGCGCUGUUUGGGCUGCUGCUGCUGCAGAGUGGGCUGUUGGUGUAUAGCGCCCUGCUGCUGUUUCGUGUGAUUCCCGCGCGCAUGAGGCACGGAUGUGAUCUCACAGGUACACAUGAGAGAACAUGGACUGCAAUCUUGAAAGACAUACACGAGUGCGUGUCACUCACCUCCUCAGGUCCGUGUGCGUUGAAAAGUUUGGCGGGUCGCCCGUGCACACCGUCUGAGUGGCGGAGGGAGGGGGCGGGGAUGCCGGCAUCCUCGUUCGUCAACAUCACGCUCACCACCUAUGCCGUGCCCAGCGAGAGCUUCCCAGAGGAAGCCGUCAACAGGAUAGAAACCGUCAUCCGCACUUAUGCGCGUAGCCACACACACAGACAGACCCGCAGACACACCCCAUCCAUCCAUCCAUUCCAUGUGUGUGUGGGUAUGUCUGUUCUGUGUGCUCAUUAAUCAGUGCGUCACGGUCUGUCUUAUUUCGACGGGCGUACUCUCGGCAAUGGCACCACCUGGUGGCACUGGGCAUCGCCUUUGUUCGACACAGACCCGCCCCCCGCCACCUUCGGCACUCGCAGCGACCGAAUGCCGCGACACACGUGGGCGAAGCUGCCCUUGUUGGCUCAUCUGAUCGGCAGCCGGCUGCGUCAGACGGCCUCUGCGGUGACGGCGAUGGCUGACGAGUGGGUCAUGUGGCUGGACAGCGAUGUGGUCAUCAUGAACCACCUCUUCUCACUCCAGCCGAUCGUCCAGACCGCACUGGUUGGGACAAACACGUAUCAUGUGCACACACAUGGGUAUCUAUCAGGGCGUGGUUGUGAUGUGUGUGCUGUGUGUCCACUUAGGCGUUUGACAAGUUUUUGGUUGCGUGUCCGUCCAACAACGGAUGGGACACACUGAUAAACGGUCGGUCGGCCAGAGAGACCACACAUGGAUAGAUAGGGGAAGGGUGUGUGUGUGCGCGUGUGGGUGUAGGCAUGGAGUUCAAUGCGGGCGUCAUGUUGGUUCGGUGCAGCCACCGGUCGCUGGAGUAUCUGCGGCACGUCUGGCGCCACGGCAUCUCUCACGGCAGGACACAUCUCGCCGACCAGCCAUCGUACAUGUCCGUCAUACACAGACCCGCCUUCAGGUACACACACACACAUAGGCAGACACAUACGGACCUCACUGUGUGUCUGUGUCGGUGUGUGUGUGUGUGUGUGCAGGGAUGGUCUGCUGCUGGUGCCGCGGUGUGUGAUGAACAGCAAGCCACACGCGUGGCAAAUGUGGCAGAGAUACAUGAAGGUGCGCACAUCCGCCUUGACGAAUGAUGGCUGGACGACACACACACACAGACACAGGGAGGCCUUGGUGUGUGUGUGUGUGUGUGUCAGGGUGACUUCAUAGCGCAUGCAGCAGGUGACGACUUCAAGGCGGCCCGUCUGCAGGAGUACUCCACCGCCGUGUUAGAGAGGAGACCCCCAAGGCUGUGGACCUACUUCGUGUGAAGGAAUGAGUGAAUGGAUGGAUGUGGAGGCGCAUGGGUGCCGUGCGCAGAUGUCGUGUAGAUAGAGAGAUAGACAGACGGCUGAUUGCUUGGUUGGUUGAUUGAUG